AUUUUCAUUAUUAUUUUUUUUUACAAUUACAACAAUUUAAAAUAAAUAUACAUUUGAAAUAUAUAUUUGUAAUGAAUGCAUAUAGAAAAUUCACAAAAGCAUCUAGGCCUUGUUCAUAUGCAGAAGAGAUUUCUACAGAUCACUGUUGGGGAAACUUUGCAUGGUAUUGACUAUACCUGCAUGUUACACGCGGUGGCGUCAGGGGUGGUGCUGCAAACACGGAAUUGACGUCGACUGACACACGACACAUAAUGACUAAUUAGCCGUGACUUUUUUUUUGUUGCUACAAGGUAACUACUUUCAUUUGAGAAAACAUUUGCUUGGUCAAUAGAAGGCAUAAUAGAGGACUCCAUCUUGCAAGAUUUUUCUAUGACCUCAGAAUUAAAAAAAAAAAAAGUGUAUUUCCCCUUUAAAGGGGAACUGCACUUUUUUCCACUUUUGCCACACAGUUUGUAUACAAAACGUUAAUGGAGGGUUUUGAAGUUUAUUCUAAUUAACCACAUCUUCCAAGAGUUUUUUAUUAUCUUUAAAAUCCUAAUUAAAAAGAAAACAAAAACCUAUCUCAAAAAUUGUCAAAAAGUUAGAUAUAGUAAUUAAAAAAAAUCUUAUUCUGAAUUUAACUCAUUCAAUCAAAUAACUUUUGCACAAUAUUCUGAUUUUUUAGAUGCACGUUGGUCCACAGUAUAUAUUUGAAACCCUGGGUUGAUUCCUAUUGCAGCUUUCUCUUAACAUUAAUAUGUGGUGUCGCACUGGCCUCUAGCGACAGAAGCUUGACAUUACACAUACUAUAUGACAUCCCAGGACCAUUUAAAUGUCAAUAAAUAAACAUUUGUAAAUGUAAUUGCAUUGAUAUUCAGUAAUUAUCAGAACCAAAUGCAUAUUGUUAGACAUAUCACGUUCGGUAUCGAUUGCAAUAUGAUUAUGUAUCUGAGGUGUGGAGGCGGCGGUGCAAUAUAAAUGGUUGUAAUUUUACCCACUGCCACAAAAUGUCCUCAAUGCACACUGUCUGAAACUUGCCAAAAAAUUACCUAAAAAAACACUGCACAAUAUCACCGUUGUUGAGAAGCCGCUGUGCACGAUGUGGCACAAAGCUAACAUAUAGAAGCUGCAUAACUUCUACAUCACAUAAUUCUAAGGGAUAUGAAUAGAAUACACACAUUUUUCCCCUUCAUGUGAAUUGCGUGGCUUGACCAAACUUGCAUUAGGCUCCGCCCCUUUCGGUCCUACUACGUGUUCGGGCUGGUAUCCUUAACUUACAAGCAUCUCGGGUAGAAGACGGAGAAAAAAGGGACCUCAGCCCUUUUCAUUAUCCGCCAUUAACGCCAACAUCGACCCAUCGAAGGUCUGUCAACUUGUUUUUUAUAAGACGUCAUGAUUUUUGUUCGAUGAAAUACGUAUUUGAAGUUGAGAGAGAGAAGAGGAGGUGAUUGCCGGAUAUCUGAUAGGAUUUGUAGUUUGCUAUUUUUUCUUUUGCGCGCGGAUUAAGCAAACAGGUUUUUGACAAAAGUGUGGAAAAGUUGCAACUUCCUCAGGAUCUUUAUGUUGGGAAUCAAAGAAGGUUCUUGAGCAAAGAAAGAGAGAACUCAUCUUGAGAAUGGCGCUAAAGGCCAGGGUGUUGUACGACUUCAGCUCGGAGAACCAAGGGGAGAUCUCCAUUAGUGAGAACGAGAUGGUCACCCUGUUUAGUGAGGAAGAACUACAGGGCUGGUUGGAGGGGGAGAACAGCAGGGGGGAUGUUGGCCUCUUCCCAGCGUCCUAUGUGGAGAUCAUUAGGGAUCACAUCACCUCCAACAACAACAAUGGUUUCUCCUCUCCUAAAGUUGUCACCCCCACCCAUGUCACCUAUUCUCAGAAAGGACCCGAAGCAGGAAGUGUUGGCAGCGGGGGAGGCAGCUUCCACACCAGCCAGGGGAGCGAUGACGACUGGGACGACGAAUGGGAUGACACUUCUCCAGCGACGGACACCCCCAGGGGUCUGGGUACCUCACCGCCUUCCUUGUACCCUGUGACCACCUCCCUUCCGGGCAGACGCAGCAGCUCGCAGCAACCUCAGGCCAAGAGCUCGGCCACGGUGGGAAGGAACCUAAACAGGUUCUCCACCUUUGUCAAGUCUGGAGGUGAGGCCUUCUUGCUCGGGGAGGCGGCCGCUUUUGUUAGAGAUGGGGACAAGAUCUGUGUGGCAAUGGGCAAGCACGGACCCGAGUGGCAGGAGGACCCAUACCCCUUCACCUGCACGAUUGACGACCCCACCAAGCAGACUAAGUUCAAAGGCAUGAAGAGCUACAUGUCCUAUGGCCUGACCCCGACACACACCAACGUUCAAGUCAACCGCAGGUACAAACAUUUUGACUGGCUCUACGCUCGGCUGGUGGAGCGUUUUCCCGUCAUCUCAGUGCCACAUCUGCCGGAGAAACAGGCCACUGGGCGUUUUGAGGAGGACUUUAUAUCCAAGCGAAGGAAAGGCCUCAUCUGGUGGAUGAACCACAUGACCAGCCACCCUGUGCUGGCCCGCUGCGACGUCUUUCAGCAUUUCCUCACAUGUGGGGCGGAUGAGAAGGCCUGGAAACAGGGCAAGAGGAAAGCAGAGAGGGAUGAGUUGGUCGGGGCAAAUUUCUUCCUCACGAUCAGCACGCCGGCUGUUCCACUUGACCUUCAGGAAGUGGAGAGCAAGAUCGAAGGCUUCAAGACCUUCACUAAGAAGAUGGACGAGAACAUUGUGCUCGUCAACACCACCAUCAAUGACUUUGCACGCAAGCAGAUGUCAGGAUUCAAGAAAGAGUACCAGAAAGUGGGACAAUCCUUCAAACUCCUCUCACAGGCGUUUGAGAUGGAUCAGCAGGUCUUCUCAGCAGGUCUGAACAAGGCCAUCGCGUAUACUGGUGAUGCCUAUGAGGCCAUAGGAGAGUAUUUUGCAGACCAACCACGUCACGACCUGGAUCCCAUUUCUGAUCUGCUGGAUCUCUACAGAGGACAUCUGGCCAACUUUCCUGACAUCAUCCAUGUGCAGAAAGGUGCGCUGACCAAGGUGAGAGACUGUCCCACGCUGGAGGGCGAGCUCCACGACCGCUGCAACAUCAUCUCAUGCGCCACGUUGGCCGAGAUCCAGCAUUUCCACCGCACGCGCAUCAGAGAUUUCAGAGGGCAGAUGCAGCACCACCUACAACAGCAGAUCGGAUUCUUCCAGAAAAUCACUGCCAAGCUGGAGGAUGCGCUCCAGAGGUAUGGCAGCGAGCAGUAAGAUGAGAGCGGUGGAAAUCGUAAAAAAAAAAAGAAAUUUGGAAUAGACUGGAGAGCAGAUGGGGUGACAGAUGAGCUCAUCCUGCAGAAAUGGAGCAUCAUUGACCGCACGUAGGGACUUUUGACAUGGACUUUAACGGACAAACAUUAUUAAAUAAGGCGUGGACAUGUGGAAUCAUUAGAACAAAUGUAAUUUUCUUAAUGCUCUCAGUGCAUCACACAACUCAGCAAGACUAGAAAUUAAUAUGAUGGGUGGGGCUCUCUUGAUGCAGCCUUUAAAUUGCAUUCAUUAAGCAUUCAUCAAUUUAAAGACUGAAUAAGUGUUCAUUCUACAAACCCCGUUUCCAUAUGAGUUGGGAAAUUGUGUUAGAUGUAAAUAUAAACGGAAUACAAUGAUUUGCAAAUCAUUUUCAACCCAUAUUCAGUUGAAUAUGCUACAAAGACAACAUAUUUGAUGUUCAAAAUGAUCAAAAAAUUUUUUUUUGCAAAUAAUCAUUAACUUUAGAAUUUGAUGCCAGCAACACGUGACAAAGAAGUUGGAAAGGUGGCAAUAAAUACUGAUAAAGUUGAGGAAUUCUCAUCAAACACUUAUUUGGAACAUCCCCGAGGUGUGCAGGCUAAUUGGGAACAGGUGGGUGCCAUGAUUGGGUAUAAAAACAGCUUCCCAAAAAAUGCUCAGUCUUUCACAAGAAAGGAUGGGGCGAGGUACACCCCUUUGUCCACAACUGCGUGAGCAAAUAGUCAAACAGUUUAAGAACAACGUUUCUCAAAGUGUAAUUGCAAGAAAUUUAGGGAUUUCAACAUCUACGGUCCAUAAUAUCAUCAAAAGGUUCAGAGAAUCUGGAGAAAUCACUCCACGUAAGCGGCAUGGCCGGAAACCAACAUUGAAUGACCGUGACCUUCGAUCCCUCAGACGACACUGUAUCAAAAACCGACAUCAAUCUCUAAAGGAUAUCACCACAUGGGCUCAGGAACACUUCAGAAAACCACUGUCACUAAAUACAGUUCGUCGCUACAUCUGUAAGUGCAAGUUAAAACUCUACUAUGCAAAGCGAAAGCCAUUUAUCAAAUCAAAUCAAAUCAACUUUAUUUAUAAAGCACAUUUAAAAUUUACCACAGGGGUAGCCAAAGUGCUGUACAAUGGGCAGGUUAAAAGAUAAUACGAGUACCGAGCAAAUACAACACAACACAAACAGAACACGAUAAAAAAUAAAUAAAUAAAAUAGAAUAAAUAAAAACAUAAAAACAGGUUCACAGCAGGUGUAUUAUGGGACGCCAUUGCAGGAUAGAUAUCACUCAGUGUUAAAAGCCAUGGAAUAAAAGUAUGUUUUUAAGAGAGAUUUAAAAACAGGAAGAGAGGAGGCUUGUCUAAUACUCAGAGGUAGGUCGUUCCAGAGCUUGGGAGCAGCAACGGCGAAAGCUCUGUCACCUCUAAGCUUCAGUCUUGUGUCAGGGACCGUCAACAGCAGCUGAUCAGCUGAUUUUAAGGAUCAGGUGGGGCAGUAAGGCUGAAGGAGGUCGGAGAGAUAGGUUGGGGCGAGGUUGUUUAGACAUUUAAAAACAAAUAAAAGGAGUUUAAAAUUGAUUCGAUAACGCACAGGGAGCCAGUGAAGGGACGCUAAUAUAGGGGUGAUGUGCUCACGUCUGCGGGUCUGUGUUAGCAGACGAGCAGCAGAGUUCUGCACGAGCUGCAGGCGGGCGAGGGAGGCCUGGCUAAUGCCAACAUACAGGGCAUUACAGUAGUCAAGACGAGUCGAGAUAAAGGCGUGGAUUAAUUUCUCAAGAUCAUGUCCUGAUAGAAGCGGUUUCACUUUCGCUAUUUGGCGUAAUUGAUAAAAGCUUUUUUGAACGACGCUGCUGAUUUGUUUUUUGAAUUUAAAAUCUGAGUCGAACUUUACACCCAGGUUUGUGACACAGUCGCUGAGAUACGGGGUCAGAGUGCCGAGGUCAACGUUGGAGGAGGGAGAGCGACUUGGACUGAACAACAUAACUUCUGUUUUGUCUUCAUUUAGGCUCAGGAAGUUAGCUGAAAGCCAGACUUUGAUGUCGUGCAGGCAGUCAAUAAGACGUUGAACCGUGUUAUUUUGUGCCAUGGGAAAAUAAAUCUGGCAAUCAUCGGCAUAAAAAUGAAAUGCAAUACUGUACUUCCUAAAAAUAGAACCGAGGGGGAGAAGGUAAAGCGCAAAUAAAAUUGGGGCAAGGAUUGAACCCUGGGGGACCCCAUGUGGUAAAGGAGCUGUGGAAGACAUAAAUCUGUCUACUUUUACACAAAAACUCCUGUCGGUUAGGUACGACCGGAACCAGUUGAGGGCGGCGCCCUUAAUGCCCACACAGUUCUCAAGACGAGUGAUUAAGGUGGCGUGGUCGACGGUGUCGAACACAGCAGACAGAUCUAAAAGCACCAGGACAACAUAUUUACCAGAAUCAGUUGACAGGAGGAUAUCGUUAAAAACUUUUAGAAGCGCUGACUCUGUGCUAUGGAGGGCUUUAAAACCGGACUGGAACAGCUCAGUGAUACCAUUAUCCUCUAAGAAGGGCAACAACUGACUGUAGACAACCUUCUCUAAUAUUUUGGAAAUGUAUGGAAGAUUAGAGAUAGGUCUGAGGUUAGAGAGGAGAGAGGGGUCGAGGCUUGUUUUUUUAAGUAGAGGUCGUACCACUGCAUGUUUAAACUCUACUGGAACUAUUCCAGAAGAGAGGCUACUAUUGAUAAUGUUAAGGACACUUGAUUCAAUAGUAGCAAGUACCUCCUUAAACAGGCGAGGUGGGAGGGCAUCUGCAGGAGAACCAGAGGGCUUCAUAUGACUAACUGUGUCACUUAAAAAAGAAAAGGACACCGGCUCAAACUGAUGGAAAACAACAUCCAGAAACGCCGCCGGCUUCUCUGCGCCCGAGAUCAUCUAAAAUGGACUCAUGCAAAGUGGAAAAGUGUUCUGUGGUCUGACGAGUCCACAUUUCAAAUUGUUUUUGGAAAUAUUCGACAUCGUGUCAUCUGGACCAAAGGGGAAGCGAACCAUCCAGACUGUUAUCGACGCACAGUUCAAAAGCCAGCAGCUGUGAUGGUAUGGGGGUGCGUUAGUGCCCAAGGCAUGGGUAACUUACACAUCUGUGAAGGCACCAUUAAUGCUGAAAGGUACAUACAGGUUUUAGAACAACAUAUGCUGCCAUCUAAGCGCCGUCUUUUUCAUGGACGCCCCUGCUUAUUUCAGCAAGACAAUGCUAAGCCACAUUCAGCAUGUGUUACAACAGCGUGGCUUUGUAAAAUAAGAGUGCGGGUACUUUCCUGGCCUGCCUGCAGUCCAGAUAUGUCUCCCAUUGAAAAUGUGUGGCACAUUAUGAAGCGUAAAAUACGACAGCGGAGACCCCGGACUGUUGAACGACUGAAGCUCUACAUGAAACAAGAAUGGGAAAGAAUUCCACUUUCAAAGCUUCAACAAUUAGUUUCCUCAGUUAAAAGAAAAGGUGAUGUAACACAGUGGUGAACAUGCCCUUUCCCAACUACUUUGGCACGUGCUGCAGCCACGAAAUUCUAAGUUAAUUAUUACUAUUGAAAAAAAAAAAAAGUUUGAGUUUGAACAUCAAAUAUCUUGUCUGUGCAUUCAAUUGAAUAUGGGUUGAAAAAGAUUUGCAGAUAAUUGUAUUCCGUUUAUAUUUACAUCUAACACAAUUUCCCAACUCAUAUGGAAACAGGGUUUGUACAUCUUACUCACCAAUUGUUUGUUUGGAGGAUGACGCAAAAACUACCAAAAACAAUUUCAAAAUUGUUUUGAACUUUUGUUAAAAUUUCAACUUCUGCUCUGCUAAGAACUUGUGGAAAAACUGAACAUGGAGUUGACUCCAGCAGGAAGAACAAACCGAAAAUUAUGGUUAUUUGUAGGUUGUGUUAAGAAGCAGCUCUACAACUUUAAUGGACAUCAUAGGUUAGAAUAAAAACCAUUUUAACAGAGUGUCUCAAACGCUCAUCCAUUUGGUGUAAGCCAGGGGUGUCCAAACGUCUACCAGCCAAGAAUGCAAACUGAAAAAUGAAAUAUGUAUUUUGUACAUUAAAGAUGCUAAAACCAAGCCAAUAUAUGCUAAGCGUAGCUAUGAAGGAAACAUUGACAUCAUAGCGUUUGUGUUGUAGGUGGCAAGGCAAAUAGGUUUAAGUGAAUAUCUAAUAUUUAUUAUGAAUAAUUAAUUAAUGUAAUUUUCAGCAUAUGCCAAGGGACACUAAAACUCCACUUUGGACACCCCUAGUGUAAGUGUUUCAUUGCAAUGUUUCGGUAAAACAUUCCGUAUGUUCUAAAUAACUGAUAUUAUUAUUGGUGCUUCUCACUUUAGUUUUGUUGAAUGUUAUUUUCACAAUGCUAUGAAUAAACCCAUUGAUGUUUUGUUUAAAGGGCAAGUGUAGUUGUUCCUAGCAUGCACAUAGUAAGUGUCCAAACAUUUCAAUCUGCAAAUAAAUGGAUAUACUGUAGAACAUGUUCAACUGUGUUAGUCAUUAGGAAAACACACACACACAAACACGUACGCACACACACACACACACACACACACACACACACACACACA